AUGUCAAAAAAAAUUCCAACAUUUGAGGUGUGUGUCGAUUCGGUACAAUCUGCUAUAAAUGCGGAAUCAGGUGGCGCAUCUCGUGUUGAGUUAUGCGAUAACCUCAUGGAAGGUGGAACUACUCCAAGUUCAGGAAUGAUCAACACAAUUCUCGAACGAGUGAAAAUUCCCGUCAUGGUUAUGAUAAGACCUAGAGGUGGUGACUUUUGUUAUAGUGAAGAUGAAAUUAAAGUUAUGUGCUUAGAUAUUCGGCACGCAAAAUCUCUUGGGGUACAUGGCGUCGUUUUUGGUAUCUUGUAUCCUGACGGAAGUGUAGACGUCGAUAGAGUCUCCAAGUUAGUCGAUUUGGCAAAACCCAUGAAAGUGACCUUUCAUCGAGCUUUUGACAUGACAAAUGAUCCAUUCAAAGCCCUUGAAGACAUCAUUUCAAUUGGAGGAAUUCAAAGAAUUUUAACAAGUGGACAUGAUAGCUCCGUUUUAGAAGGAUUAGAUACCAUUGUGCAAUUAGUGAAACAAGCUAACAGUCGCAUUACAAUUAUGCCCGGCGGAGGAAUUCGAGAGUCAAACAUAGAAAGGAUUCUAUUUGCUGUCGGAUUAGAAGAAAUGCAUGUAUCAGCAAGUACCGCUAUCUGUUCUGUUAUGGAGCACAAAAUUUCAACCAUACAUAUGAGUAGAGCUCAUCACAAUAGCGAAUAUAUGAUAAACGUGGUAAUGGUUUAUGGAUGUGGCAUGAGUGUACAUAAUGAAGUAACGAAAAGAGCAAUGUACACGUUUCGUCCUAUAAUACCGGAGUACAAUAAAUAUGCUGAAUAUUUACAUAAUUAUCCUGGAUUUGUUCAGGCUGGGUCUUUUUUUCCAGACUGGGGAUACGGUUGUAUGGGAAAUGAGGAUAAUUCCGAAGAAGCGCAUUGGCUGCCUUUCAUGAAAACUAGUGUGGAAUAUAUUCGCGAAAAAUAUAACACCGCUACCUGGGAACAAGAUAAUGUGGCGCAGGAGGUGAUAUCUUUUUUCUUUGCAGUCAUUUCUCAUGGAGUUGCGGAUAUAACCUGGCAUAGCAUAGAAAUGAAAUCUGGGUUUAUACGUGCAAUGGCAUAUUUAAAUUUUAUGAAUAGUUAUGCAGCGGCUCAUGAGGUGGCUGAUACUGGAGGAGAAUUUACAUUAGCUCAUAUGACAAAUUUGGAUUAUCUCAUAGAUGCAUGGAGUCUUCCGAUCGAUGAUUUGGUGGAAAUUUAUCAACGGUUAAAUCGAACCGUUGAAGGAAAUCAAAUCGAAAUUUGUGUUAAAAAAGCGUUUGCUGCGGCUCAAAUGAAUAAAUCUCCAUUUUUAAUUGAAAUGUUCGAAGCAUACCAUAAAGGGGGUCUCAACAAUAUGGCUGCAGAUGUAACGGAUUGUUGGCACGAAUUAGCAAGAUGGUUUGAAUUCGGACCUAAUGAUAACGAUGAAUUAUGUAAUACGUUUCGAAUGGUAGCCGAAAAACGAAAGGAACGAGAGAAUAAAUUUCACACUCAUGAUGAUGUGACAAAUUUUUUAUACAAUUAUUCCGAGGAACUGUUGGAGAUCACUGGAUAUCGUAUAAGAUAUCAUAAAAAAAAUGGUAUUGGUACUUUCGAAAUACAUCGUCAUUUAUUAACAGACCCGAUUACGAAUGAACCUGAAUUGCAAGAUGCCGCUUCUUCAGAAAAUGAAAAAAAUGUAAAAGUGGAAGAGUACGGAUUUGAUCAAAUAUUUCAAGACGUUCUGACAAAAGAUGAACAAAUAUCAUUAUCGGAUGAAAAUAAUGUUUCGAUAAAUUUACCUUGGACAAAUUCGGAUCUUUUUUCACCUUCAUCCUAUUCCUAUUCAUCUAAUAUUUCCACUGAUGCUGCAUGUCAUCUAAUUCCCAAUGAUCCAAACAAAGUCCUUACCAUAAAUAUUCCUUACUCUUAUGCUCAUUUUGGCCAUGAUAUGGUGGUUGGGGAUUUCAAUGGGGAUGGGAUUCAAGAUUUAGCAAUUAGCGCACCAUUCUAUUCGCACCUACCGGAAAUACCACAAGUUGGGGCAAUAUUCAUAAUAAAUGGAAGAAAAUCAAGAUCAUUUAAAUUUCCACUAAAAUCAUCAAACAUUCUUGAUAUUGCCGAUAAGAUAAUAUAUGCAUACAAUUCGCGAGAUGAAAAUAAUAAUGAAGCACAAUCAAGAUUCGGUUGGUCAAUGAGUGUUGUGGAUUUAAAUAAAGAUGGUAUAGAUGAUUUGGCGGUAUCUGCACCAUCAUUCGGUGCAAAUAAAUAUAUUUACAGCGGGAAAGUUUAUGUUUAUUUUGGAAGGAAAAAAGAAGGGUUAAAGACAGAUGCGGCUGAUUUGGAAAUUCAUUCAAAACAGAACGUAUCUGAAUACGACUGGCAAAUUGAAGCACUUGGGCAAUACAUGAGUGCUGGGGAUGUAGAUGGUGAUGGAUUUGCCGAUUUAUUAAUUGGAUGCCCUUAUUGUGGAAUGUAUAGUGAAGAGAAAGAGGCGAGUGUGUUCGCAUUCCUAAGUUCCAGUGAUCAUAAAGGAAAUAUAACGGUUUAUGAUUACGAUUGGUCGAUAAUAAGUCCGGGUGAUCAUGAAUACGAAUGGUUUGGUUACUCGAUAAAUUAUUAUAAAUCUGAAUCUAUGCAAAAUCCUAUAAUAAUUGUUGGGGCACCAGGAUAUCAUGGUCAUUCAAUUAUACCAAUGGCCGGUAGAAUUUACGGAUUUGAAAUUGUUGAUAAAAUUGAUGGAAGUGGAAAAAGUCCUGUAAAAAAAAUAUUUGAUUUAAGUGGAGUUGAGGAAUUCCAGGGAUUUGGAAGUUCAAUUAUUGCCGGAGAUUUUCUUGAUAAUGGAGAAAGUUUUAUUUUUGUUGCUUCAAAUUCUGAGACGCAUAAGAAAAAGUUUCCUAAAUUUGGAAAUUUUUGGCAAGCAGGAGCAAUAAGAUUAAUUAACAUGCGAUCUCUUAAGGAAGAUAAAAAGUUAUCUGAUGAUGAUAUGAACUUAGGAAGAGGAUUACUGGCAUUAUUACGCGGAUCAGAAAGUGCUUCACGUCUUGGUAGUUCAUUAUUAUGGGAUAAAAAUGAGAAAUCCUUUUGGGUUUCUGAACCAUUUACUUAUUGGGAAUCUGGACAAAUAUUUAAAUAUUCAAUGGAAUCCUUAAUACAAUCUUUAGUUUCAGAAGUAUGUUUGGUUGGAAGAGAACAUCAAGCCAAGUUUGGAAAUAAAAUGAUUAAAUUUGAUUUUAAUGGUGAUGGUAAAGAAGACUUGGUGGUGAAUUCUGAACAUUCAAGUUACGCUGCAAGGUUGAGUGGAAGCAUUACAAUAAUCUUGGAAUAA